AUGUCUGCCGCGAUGUCGUCCUGCGCGUGUCCUAUGACGAGCCCCGUCGGGGCAACCCUGGCGGCGUUGUGCGGUGGCACACAGUACAUGCUGUUCAUGGGCCUGCUGGAGGUGUUCAUAAGGUCACAGUGCGAUCUGGAGGAUCCUUGUGGCCGCACGAAGGCCAAAUCAUCCCGAAGCGUUGACUACGAGUAUGACUUCAUCGUCGUCGGUGGAGGGUCCGGAGGAUCGGUAAUUGCAUCGCGGCUGUCGGAGAUCAAGAACUGGAAGGUGCUCCUGAUCGAAGCAGGACCGGACGAGCCAACCGGGGCACAGAUUCCGUCCAUGUUCCUGAACUACCUCGGCAGCGACAUCGAUUGGAAGUACAACACGGAACCGGAGCAGUAUGGGUGUCUGGGUUCGCCCGAGCAGCGGUGUUAUUGGCCCCGUGGCAAGGUCCUUGGUGGAACGUCUGUCCUGAACGGCAUGAUGUACAUCCGGGGCAACCCGCAGGACUAUGACGAUUGGGAAGCGGCUGGGAACCCGGGCUGGAAAUGGAAGGACGUACUGCCGUACUUCAUGAAGUCUGAGGACAACCUGCAAAUCAACGAAGUUGACUCAAAGUACCACUCAACCGGGGGCAUGUUACCGGUGGGUCGAUUCCCCUACAAUCCACCGUUUUCGUACUCAGUGCUGAAGGCAGGUGAACAGCUCGGCUACCAGGUGCAGGAUCUAAACGGUGCCAACACAACGGGCUUCAUGAUCGCGCAGAUGACGAACCGAAACGGCAUCCGAUUUAGUGCGGCUCGUGCUUUCCUGCGACCGGCUGUAAACCGCGCCAACUUGCACAUCUUGCUUAACACCACUGUCACGAAGGUCCUUGUCCAUCCGACGUCUAAGACAGCGCAUGGAGUUGAAAUCGUGGACGAGGAUGGUCAUAUGCGCAAGAUCCUGGUCAAGAAAGAGGUGAUUGUUGCUGGUGGUGCCGUCAACUCACCCCAGAUCCUGAUGCUCAGUGGUAUUGGCCCACGGGCACAUCUCGAACAGGUGGGUGUACGACCGAUCCACGAUCUACCCGGUGUCGGACGGAACCUGCACAAUCACGUGGCGUACUUCAUCAACUUCUUCCUGAAUGACACCAACACGGCUCCGCUGAACUGGGCCACGGCGAUGGAGUACUUACUGUUCCGAGAUGGGCUGAUGUCGGGCACGGGCGUGUCAGCGGUGACGGCCAAGAUCAGCUCGAAAUAUGCCGAACGCGUGGACGAUCCUGAUCUGCAGUUCUACUUCGGUGGGUUCUUGGCGGACUGCGCCAAGACGGGCCAGGUUGGUGAGCUGCUCAGCAACGACUCACGCUCGGUGCAGGUGUUCCCGGCCGUACUGCACCCCAAGAGCCGCGGUUACAUCGAGCUCAAGUCGAACGAUCCGCUCGAGCAUCCGAAGAUCGUCGUCAACUACCUGAAGGAGGAUCACGACAUUAAGGUGUUGGUCGAAGGCAUCAAGUUCGCGGUGCGUCUCUCGGAAACGGACGCUUUGCAAGCGUACGGUAUGGAUCUCGAUCGCACCCCCGUGAAAGCCUGUCAGGAUAUGGAAUUUGGCACGCAGGAAUACUGGGAAUGUGCCGUGAGGCAGAACACUGGAGCCGAGAAUCACCAGGCAGGUUCGUGCAAAAUGGGUCCCACCAGCGAUCCAAUGGCCGUCGUAGAUCACGAACUGCGUGUGCACGGUGUACGGAACCUGCGAGUUGUGGAUGCGUCCGUUAUGCCGAAGGUCACAUCGGGCAACACGAACGCACCGAUCAUUAUGAUCGCUGAAAAGGGCGCCCAUCUGUUGCGCCGUGCGUGGGGAGCUCGCUAGGACGUGCCGGCGCAAGGAUGCUCCGGUGACGCGCUAGCAUUUACGCAAAUUGGCAUAGAUUCAUUUACCACGUAAGCGUACUCGUCGCGUAAUCUUGUUUGUAUGAGGAGGCGUCGCAUACCGGCGCGUUUAUCGAAAUUAAAGCCCCGUGAAAUUAGAAAGGUCAGGACGGACAGACCCUCUAGAAUUGGUAACGUUCGCCUUAUUAAGCGAGCCCACACCCGGAGGCGAAAACCAGACAAAACGUUCACACUUCGAUAGCGACACAUUUCUUCGCUCUUAACCGCACGCCCCAUC